UUGUUUGGAAUGGAUUAUAAAUAAGGAACGUCAUAUAAACUAAAACCAUUCCUGGAUUGGAUAUAUCAGGCCUUUGAUUCUCUUUCCUUUCUGGUUAGCAAUGGCUUCCUCAGUGAUUGUGCCAUCUUGUAGGAUUUCAGUCAUUUGGGCUGUUUAUGGCUUUCUUGUACUCAGAAGCGUGUUUGGCGAUGGGGAUUUAUUUAAGUCUAAAGCCGCUUACUAUGGCAGUUCAGAUAGUCUUGGAACUCCCAAUGGGUCGUGUGGAUAUGGUUCUUUUGGAAGAACCAUAAAUGGAGGACAAGUGGCUGCUGCUUCUGAUUUAUAUAAAGAUGGCAUCGGAUGCGGCUCCUGCUACCAGAUAACCUGCACAAAUGAGAAGCUUUGCACACAGGAGGGAAUAACAAUCGUUGUGACAGACUACGGCAAAGGCAACGGAACCGAAUUCAUUCUGAGCUCCACUGCAUACUCUAAGCUAGCCAAGCCUGGCAAAGCUAAACAAUUAAUAUCUCUGGGUGUGGUGGACAUCGAAUACAAAGGAGUAUCUUGCAAAUAUCCCGGUUACAAUCUGAUGAUCAAGAUUGACGAGAGCAGCAAUUUUCCUGACUAUCUGGCAAUACAAUUUUGGUAUCAGGGAGGCCAAAAGGACAUUUUAUCAAUAGAACUUUUCCAGGAGAAAAAUGGUGAGCAAGAGACAGGAAAAGGAAUGAAACGAAACCAUGGCGCAGUGUGGGACGUGGUAGGCCCUCCAAAGGGCGCUCUUUGGCUGCGGUUCCUGGCAGGAGGCUACCGCAGAACCAGCUUUGAAUGGAUAAGGGCCGCAAAUGCAAUUCCAGCUAACUGGGAGGCAGGGGCACUCUAUGACUCCGGCAUUCAGAUCAGUUAAUCACAUGGCUAAGUUGAAAGAUAUGGAGGUCACGCAGGAAAAUAAAAUACGCUCUGCAAGAAGCUUUGGGUUUCCAAUAAAUGAUAGCAUCUUGAAAUUAGCCCAAGAACUUGCUCUUAGAUAUUGUAUUUUAAUUUAUUUUUUAAAAAGCAUGUUUCAGUAGUUUUAGCCUAAUUGGUG